CUCAAAUGUCUCGUAAACUGAUUUCAAACAACUCAACCAAGGAACGCAAUCUAAGCUGAGAAAGUCAAGAUGGUCUUUCAUAUCAUCGUCUAUUGUGUCUUGGUUUGUAUGUUUCUCCACCUGGCUUCCGUUAAAUGUUUAGUUCUACCUUAUGUCCACGUACCUCGCACUAGAUACAACGAUGAUGAUAAAGUACUGAAGCAGGAAGACCAAUUAAAACUUUACAGACUCCCAAUGUGUGACUUAGAGGUGCAGGCAUCUUUAUUUGCAGUGCAAGGUCUAGAAAACCAAAUUGAACUCGUUUUUCAUCAUGAUAAAAUGGGAGUUGAACGAUAUAGACCUCGCAUCAACAAAACAGCUUCAACGAGUCCUUUUAUAAAAUCAUGGCUCAAUCACAACACAACCCUGCAUUGUGCAUGGUGCACCCUGUACUCAACAUCCAAUCCUGCGGCGGGCUUCACUUGGUUUAAAGAUGGCCGGAAGAUCUUGGAAGGAGUACAUUCCACGCAUGACGGUAGCACCCUAACGCUGACACCGAAAACUGUGAGUGACUUCGGUUUGUAUUCGUGUAAGGCAACCAACUUCAAGGAAACUGCGUGGUAUCACAUCACCGUGGAACAACUUUAUUGACCAGGCCCUCCUAAGGUACAUAAAAUUUCGCGGAACAUGUUGGAAUUAAACGUCACCUGGAACAAAUCGAUUGCAAAUGGAGGCAGUGACAUACUGGACUUCAUGAUAACAUUACUGCAUGCCAAUGGAAGUGUAAUGAAGAGUCAAAACGCAAUUAAAGAAACUUCAUUCCACCUCAAAAAUUUGAGGCAAAACAGGACAUACAUAGUCAUGUUACAAGCAAGAAACGUCGUUGGUUAUGGAGAGUCAGAAAAUAUAACCGUUACAACGCUUGUAGCAGACAUACCUGUUCCACCGGUCGUAGAAGCUGUCAGGCCAGGAGUGCUCUCAUUAAACAUUUCUUGGUAUUCCCCAAUUAAACACAACAGCAUUGAGGUAUUGGACUACAGAAUACAAGUCUUGGAUGGUAUCACCCAAAAGCCAUUGAAGCAAUAUGCAAGUAUCCCAACAACGUCAUUGGUUAUUAAGAAUCUGCAGAAAAACAGCUCAUACAUGGUUGAGAUACAAGGAAGGAACGAAGUUGGUUACGGAGAGAGAGCCAAGAUCAUCGGAGCCACCCUUCCUCAAGGACCUCCUGAUUCCCCUUCAAUAUCGAACCCUACCAUCGAUGGAAAUAACUGCUCAUUGAAGUGGACGGAGCCAUACAGUGGUAAAAGCCCGAUCACGAUGUAUACUUUAUAUGUCUGGAAAAUCAACUUUUCUUCAGAUGGUUCACUUUCCUUGAAAAUAUUCAAAACCUUUAACACCACAGAUACAUUUUCUCUAAAGCUCAAUCUUGAAUGGAAUCAAAGUUAUACAGUUGCAGUGUCAGCAUGGAACAAAUUCGGUGAGGGUUCCUCUUCGUCGGAGGAACGUUGUGAUAUUGGAAGAAAUCCGCAAGCUAUUAUGCUGUCGACAAACACGCGAACUUCUUCAACACUGGAUGAAGAUAAGACUAAUGUCGCCCGUUUUUCGACCGAAGCCACGACAGUGAGUCCAAAGCGGUCAGACGAAGGUGAUCUUUCUCGUUCCAAAAAAACAGACCAUUUUGCCACCUUGAUGAUUUUUGCGAUUUCCUCCGCAAUUGCAAUUGCCGCCCUUUCAGUAAUCAUUGUUGGGCUCUGCAGGAAAAUAAAAAAAAUAGUAUAUGAAAAAGAUCAAGGAGUCAACCAGAGGCGUACAGAAGAUGAAUUGACGGAUGUGCCCAGGCUGAUGCAUAUACAGGAGGCAGUUGAGGAUACAAGAGCUGAACAAGAGGAGCAAGUUGACACCCACCCCCCUGCUUUGUUACCGCGGGCCCCCCGUUCGAUCCAGUGGGAGUUCCCAAAAGUAAGACUUCAAAUUCGUGAAGUAUUUGGCCAAGGAGCAUUUGGACAAGUUGCUAAGGGACUGGCUUUUCGGAUUGCUGGGAAAGCUAAUUGGACAGUAGUGGCAGUGAAGAUGCUAAAAGAGGAUGCUUUGGAGUCUGACAGACAAGACCUUCUGUCAGAGCUAUCGAUCAUGAAGAAACUCCCAUACCAUAGACAUGUUGUGAGGCUUCUGGGCUGCGUCACCACAUCUGCUAAUCCUUUGGUGAUUGUGGAGUUCGCCUCUCAUGGCGAUUUGCUGGGCUAUCUUCUCAAGAGUCGAGGUCUACCUGACACGUAUUACAACACCUGUAGAAAACUGACUAGGGUCACCGCCAAGAAACUGAUGAUGUUUGCGUGGCAAAUUGCUAGCGGAAUGAACUUCCUCAGCGGAAAUAAGGUUGUUCAUCGUGAUUUAGCUGCCCGCAAUGUUCUGGUUGCAAAUGGUAAUGUUUGCAAAAUCACGGAUUUUGGAAUGGCCAGAGAUGUGCAAGGGAGUGACAUUUACACGAUGAGAGCAGGGGGGCGGAUACCUGCGAAGUGGACAGCUUAUGAGGCUCUUUCGUAUGGCAUCUACACCACUCAGAGCGACGUGUGGAGUUAUGGAAUCGUCUUGUAUGAAAUUUUCACUUUAGGUGGCGAGCCCUAUCCGGGAAUUCAGGCACGCGACAUCUCAAGGUUACUAGAGAAAGGAUUUAGAAUGCGGCGCCCAAAACAUCUGGAUAAGGAACUAAAUUCAGUCAUGUUUUCUUGUUGGAACGAAGAUCCUAAAAAGCGACCAACAUUUGGGAAUUUGCAAGAGGCCUUAGAGAAAAUUGAAAAAGAACAAACGGGUUAUAUGAACCUUCAGUCCUUUGCUGACUUCUCAUAUGUCAAUAUUUGCGAUGCAAGAAAGGUCAAAGAAGAGUCCAUUCUUUAGAGGCCGUUAAAUGAAAUACAUCUGGAUGCAAUGGCCUGUUUGCAGAUUUUUAUUGUUAUUCCAGGAAGACUCCAUCUUUUAGAGACCUUAAAAUGAAAUAUCUAUUGAUUCAGUGACCUAUAAAAAAUGACGGCCACUCUCUUGAUUAUGACGUCCUAUGUUCUUUGCCAGUUAUAGACUCGUUAAUAUUUUCAUCUUACAAAGAUCACUUUCUUUCUGUAAAGUUUUAUUCACCAGCCAAGAAAUCAAGAGCUGAGACUCUACGUUUUGCUUAA